UAUAAUUUUCAAGAACUUAUAACACGUUCUGCAAUGUAGAAUAGUUCUGUGUACUUUUAACAGUUUCAUGUGAUUAACAUCAUUAUUUUGUAAUAUAUGUACAUGUAUACAUGCAUACACUUUGUUUGACAAUAAUUCUAUAAUGUGCAAUAAAUUUCAAUGCUACUUAUUAGUUAUAUUGUUGGUUAUAUACAAGUAAUGUUUGUUUAGGUGAUUUAAAAAUUGCUAGAAAAAAGGCAAUCAAAGCUGAAACUACAGACGACCUUUCAUCACAUACGGAGAAUGUAAAGAAAAAACCAAAUAAAGUAUAUAAGCGGAGACAAGACAUGAAUAAAUACAAUAAUACUGAUUCCGAUACUGAUAAGACUAACUGUGAUAUAUCUGACGAUAGUAACACAUACCCAUCAUUUUCACUUUCUGGCAACAAACAUGUUGAACAUGAUAGUAAUCACUCUCAAACGGAAAAUCAAGAUCAAAAUAUUACUAAUGAUACCUUCAAGCCAGCUACAGAAAACGUUCGUGUAAAUGCUGAAUUCAAAAAACAACUUUUUAAAGAAAUUCAUCUGAUUCAUUUGAAGUUAAAUGAUCUUAUGAGUAACGUUGAUAUACUUAUUAAAAAAGUCAGAUGUACUGAUGAGCCACAACUUUAUGAUGAUACUAAUGCGGCUGUUAAGACUCUAAUACAAUCGUUUCCAGUCACUACAGAGCAGCAACUAAUGUUGAUGGAAGAAUGGCUAUCGAGUUCAGCUGAUAACAUACAGGCAUUGAUUCAUCAACUGCGUUUAAUUGGAGGCGUGAAUCUUUCCCAUGUAAUCAAGAGCGUUAUGUCGAGAGUUAUUUCAAACGAAGUUGGGAUGCUGUAUUCGUGGGAAGGAGUUCGGCAAAAAAAAGCUUUUAAAUCGUUUAAGUUCAUCCAAGUUAUCAUUGGUGUUGUUCGACUGAACCCCAAAACAAAAUCUGCAACAGAAUCGGACAUCGUAGAAGUAAUAAAAAAUUGGUUAGUUAGAAGUAAAGAACGCAGUAAGUUUCAAUUGAAAAAAAAAGCACAAGAUACUGCGUGUCAAACAGGUUCCGCUUGUGCAACAGGCUAUAUUAGUAAAGAAGUCUCUGUUUCUGCAAAAGACUGUGAUCAGUCAGAAUAAUUAUUAAGUUACAACUUCGCAUUAUUAUAAGUGAUAUUUGUUUCGAAAUUUUAUAAUUUAAUUUUCUUUAAAAGUGAUAUUAUGAACUUAAAAAAAAGACACUGUGUAUCAAACAGGUUCCGCUUGUGCAACAGGCUAUAUUUGUAAAGCAGUCUCUGUUUCUGAAAAAGACUGAUCAGUCAGAAUAAUUAUUAAGUUACAACUUUGCGUUAUUAUAAGUGAUAUUUGUUUCAAAACUUUAUAAUUUAAAGUGAUAUUAUGAACUUAAGGGGUUAUAUGCACCUAGAGACUUUGAAAAAAAGUCAUCUUUUCGCUUUUUUUUAAAGAAAUGUAAAGCACGUAGUUAUUUGGGCAUUUGCUAUCAAAAUGUAAUUAUUGUUACUAUAAAAAAAAUUAAACUUGGUUUGAAAAUAUCAAUAAAUAACGAAAAUAUCGCAAUUAACGCAAGACCUUAUUUUGCAAAUGACGUUUGCGCCAACUGCUGAUCAUAGAGAAGUUAUCUGAAACAGACGGGACAAGAAUUUUUUAAAAGUUAAUGAAAUUAUCUAGUCUUUAUCGUAGGGGGGUUUUUUUUAGAACGCUUAUGUUUUGUUUUACAGCCAAAUCCCUUUCUUUGGCUUUCCUAAAAAAUCGCACUUUUCAGUUUACUUGUCCGCCGUUUUGUUAAAAAUUAAUAUUUAAAAAAUCGGCUACGACAAAGACUAGAUAAUUUCAUUAACUUUUAAAAAAUUCUUGUCCCGUCUGUUUCAGAUAACUUCUCUAUGAUCAGCAAUUGGCACCGCAAAACGUCUUUUGCAAAAUAAGGUCUUGCGUUGAUUGCGAUAUCUUCGUUAUUUAUUAAUAUUUUCAAUACAAGUUUAAUUUUUUUUACAGUAACAAUAACUACAUUUUGAUAGUAAAUGCUCAAAUAACUACGUGCUUUACAUUUCUUUAAAAAAAAGCCAAAAAUGACUUCUUUUUUAAGUCUCUAGGU